AUGCAGCAAGACGCCACGAUUAGUCAAGACCCCGAAAGCCUCAGCUCUCACCCUGCCAGUUGCGUACUAGCCGAGAAGACAGUGCUCAACGAUCAAGCUGUGCAAGAUGGCUCCUCCCAGAUCAAGCUCGACCCUGACGAACAUCCUUUCAACUGGCCCGCCCGAAAGAAAUGGACGGCGACGAUGGUCAUCGUCUUUAUGACUGCGAAUAUCACCUUCUGCUCGAGUAUCCACGCCGCGGCAAUCCCUGGCGUCACCAAAACAUUCGCAUGUUCCCCGACCGUUGCAACGUUAGGAGUAACGACAUUCCUCGUCGGCUUUGCCUCUGGCCCAAUGUUGUUCGCGCCGCUCUCAGAAGCAUUGGGAAGAGAGAUUGUCUUUCGCAUUACCAUGUUUCUGUUCUUCUGCUUCAACAUCGGCUGUGCGCUAUCGCCCAAUUUUGCCGCUCUUCUAACAUUUCGGUUCUUCAGCGGCUUCUUUGGGUCACCCGUUGUGACCAACAGCGGCGGAUGCUUAGCAGACAUCUGGCCCCAAAGCCAUCGUUCGGUUCCAUUCGCACUGUUCACGACGGGCAGCUCCCUCGGCCCAGUCCUGGGGCCGGUGGCGGGGGGUUUUAUCUCGCAGCACCUGAAUUGGAGAUGGCUCUAUUGGGUCGUGACCAUCAUUGCCGCAUUCGUGUAUACCGCCAUGCUUCUCUUCCUCCCCGAGACAUACACGACAACGUUGCUAGAACGUAAAAUGGCAAAAGCAGGCAUCAAGCCCCCACGCCAAUCCUUCAAAGAGCAAUACUCCACCAACCUAACCCGACCAUGGCUCAUGCUCUUCACCGAGCCCAUCUUGUUCGUCCUCGGCCUUUACUCAGCCUUCGUCUGGGGUAUCCUGUACCUUGACUUCACCGCUUACCCAGUAGUCUUCCGGCAGACGCGCCAUUGGAGUGAGGGCAUUGCUGGAUUAUCGUUCCUGGGCAUCGGACUCGGCAUGGCGAUCGCAACGGCGAGCUCACCAUGGAUCAACGACAUCCACGGCAUAUGGGUCAAGAAACUCGGAGGCCUGACACCAGAGGCCCGGCUUCCACAUCUCAUUAUCAUAGCGUGGUUCAUCCCCGUGGCACUCUUCUGGUUCGGAUGGACGGCAAAUCCGCCCACCCACUGGAUCGCAUGCAUUCUCUCGGGUAUACCCUUCGGCAUCGGGUUUGUCACGCUCUUCCUGGGAACCAACGCAUAUCUAACCGACUGCUACGGUCGUUUCUCCGCGAGCGCAUUAGCUGCGAAUGCCGUGAUGCGGUCUUUGUUCACGGCUGGUUUCCCGCUGUUUGCGCGGCAGAUGUAUGUCAAGAUGGGGACACCAUGGGCUAGCAGUACGCUGGGGUUCGUCGCUUUGGUUAUGGCGCCAGUGCCGUGGCUGUUCUUUCGGUUCGGUCCGAGGAUUAGAGCGAGGUCCAAGUAUCAUCUCUGGACUGUGGAGUUGGAGGAGGCUGAGAAGGAACGGCGCUAG